CGGUCUUGAACUCUUGGAAUUGAGACAUCACGUCCGAAAUCCGCACUCAUGAUUCAUGAUUCAUCCGAGUGAUGCAUUCCACGAGUGAUCCCCCAUGCCAAUGCAUCCACCAUCCAUUCCGUUUACUCUGCGCAUUUCCAAUUUACAUACACGCGCGCAUCUUGGCCAAGCCACCACGUCACCCCCUCCCACAACCGCACCCCAUGCCACCACCACCUCCACCACCACCAGCACCCCCACCAGCAACGGCAAUAAGCGACUACCCCUUCCUCACAGCUGCGGAGUUCCGCGCGGUGUGCGGCGACUUCGUCAGAACGCAGGAGUGGCUCGCCAAGAAGGGGUAUAGAUAUGACGUUGGGGAGUGGGUGUUGAGGGAGAGGGGGGCGGGGUUCGGUGAGCGUGUCGAUACGUUCCUACAGUUGCGGCGGUACUUGCCUGCGCCUGUGGCUGCGGCUGCGGGAUCUCUCGUUGGCGUAGAGGACGGGGAGCCAGACGAGGAGGCGGAGCUGGAGGAAGACGACUCGGAAUCCCUCCCCUCCACCGCUCUCCGCGCCCGGCCACAGCAGGUAGCAGUCCUCUACAACAUCCUCUACUCCCCCAACUACCGCGUGCCAGUGCUGUACUUCACACCGCCUGCGAGCACUUCCGCGGCGGCACUGGAGGAGUUGGGGUUCGCGGCUGGAGCGGUCGGGCAGGGCGAGCAUUUGCUUACUGGUGAGGCGUGGUGUGACGCAUAG